CAGCACUCCCAUAACCGCACGCGAAGGCCGCAAUUUUGCCAUCCCACGGUACGGCAGACGCCAGUUCAUCAGCGCUCGCUACCGUUCUCAGCAUCAGCAGGGACAGCGGCCUCGUCUUCGUCCGCCCCGCCAUAGCCGCCUUACGUCGGACUCCUUAAGAACCUUUUCGACUUGCCGCCUCUAGGACCUCAAAGCGAAGAUGGCCGACGUCAACUCCUACACGCUCAUCCAGCAGGAUGACGAUAAGGAGCAACCCACCGUACAAGAGCUGCGCAAGCAACUCGAAACCCAAAAAGAGGACCACAAGAUCGAAACCAUGAAGAAGAUCCUCCUCAUAAUGCUCAACGGCGACCCGCUCCCCCAACUCCUCAUGCACAUCAUCCGUUUCGUCGUGCCCUCAAAGAACAAGCAGCUCAAGAAACUGCUGCUCAUCUACUGGGAAAUCUGCCCCAAAACCGACGCGGCGGGGAAGUUGAAGCAGGAGAUGGUGCUCGUGUGCAAUAACCUGCGGAACGACCUUUUGCAUCCGAAUGAGUUCAUCCGGGGCAGCACGUUACGGUUCCUGUGUAAAUUGCGGGAGGCCGAAUUGCUUGAACCGCUGAUCCCGGCAGUGAGGACGUGCCUGGAACACCGCCAUGCGUACGUGCGCAAGAACGCCGUGCUGGCCAUCUUCACCAUCUCGAAACACUUUGAGUACCUGAUCCCGGACGCACCCGAGCUGAUCCACACUUACCUCGCCUCGGAAACGGACCAGAACUGUAAACGCAACGCGUUCAUGAUGCUGCUGAACACCAACCAGCAACUCGCGGUGCAGUACCUCAACUCCGUGUUCAACCAGAUCCCGGCGUUCGACGAGCUGCUGCAAUUGUCGGUCAUCGAGCUGAUCAGGAAAGACUACAGGAGCGCGACGGCGGAUAAGGCGAAAUACAUCCAGAGCAUCUUCCAGCUGCUGCAAUCGUCGGCCCACUCGGUCAAAUAUGAGGCGGCCAACACCCUCAUUGCGUUGACAUCCCACACAUCGGCGGUGCGCGCCGCGGCGGCAUGCUAUGUCGAACUGGCUCUGAAGGAGUCGGAUAACAACGUCAAGCUGAUUGUGUUGGAGCGGCUGAAUGAGCUGAGGGAGAACCAUGGCAGGAUAUUGGAGGAUUUGGCGAUGGAUAUUUUGCGGAUCUUGAAGAGCCCGGAUAUCGCCGUAAGGAGAAAGUGCGUCGACAUCGCGCUGGAAAUGGUUUCCAACCGUAACGUCUCGGAAGUCGUCGGUCUGCUAAAACAGGAGCUUGUCAAGACACAUGACGAGGAGUACGAAAAGACGAACGAAUACAGGCAGCUCCUCAUCAGCGCCAUCCACUCCUGCGCCAUCAAGUUCUCCGAAGUCGCCGCGGAUGUCGUCCACGUCCUCAUGGAGUUCGUCGGGGAGUCGCAUAACGCUGCUGCUGUGGAUGUUAUGGCGUUCGUUCGAGAGGUGAUGGAAAAGUUCCCACACCUGCGUUCCAGCAUUGUGGGGAAGCUGUUGGACACGUUUAUGGAUAUGAAGAGCGGGCGCGUGUUUAGGGGCGCGUUGUGGAUUAUUGGGGAGUAUGCGUUGGAUACGGAUGCUAUUGAGCAUACGAUGACCCAGAUCCGGAAGGCGUUGGGCGAGAUACCCAUCCUUGCGUCAGAACAGCGCCUAUUGGACGAAGCACAAGGAGGCGAGCCUGCCGCUCCCGCUGACAGUCCGACGGUAAAGACCGCGCCUACACCCGCUCGCCGCGUGCUUGCCGAUGGGACGUAUGCGACCGAGAGCGCGUUGACGUCGAACUUGGAGGCUGUUAAGGCGGCGCAUAAGCCCCCUCUUCGCGCCCUCAUCCUCAACGGCGACUACUUCCUCGGCGCCGUCCUCUCCACCGCCCUCACAAAGCUCAUGCUCCGCUACGCCGACCUCAACACCGCCGACACCGCCCGCGGCAACGCCCUCCGCUCCGAAGUCAUGCUGAUCAUGACCAGCAUCAUCCGCGUCGGGCAGUCCGAGUUCCCCACCCAGCCCAUCGACGAGGACUCGCGGGAGCGGAUUUUGACGUGUUUGAGGACCCUGUCGGCUGUGCCGCAGGACGAUGUGCUGAGAGAGGUGUUUUUGAGGGAUUGUAGGAAGGCGUUUACGAAGCUUGUUGCGUCGCAGGAGUACACGAAGAAGAAGAAGGCGACGCAGAAGAAGGAGGUCAAGGUGCAGGCUGACGACGCGAUCAUAUUCCGGCAGCUGAAGUCGAAGCGGAAUGCGCAGGAUGGGACCGACGAGUACGAUCUUGACAUCACACGAGCAACCGGUGUCGGCGAGCGCGCGGACGAUUUGGCGUCGAAGUUGAGUCGCGUGAUUCAGUUGACUGGAUUUUCGGACCCGGUCUACGCGGAGGCAUACGUUACCGUGCAUCAAUAUGACAUCCUGCUAGACAUCCUCAUCGUAAACCAAACCAGCGAAACUCUCCAAAACCUCACCGUCGAGUUCUGCACCCUCGGCGACCUCAAGCUCGUCGAGCGGCCCGCCCCACAUACCAUGAGCCCGCACGGGUUCCAUGGGAUUAAAGCUAACAUCAAGGUCUCGUCAACGGAAACUGGCGUGAUAUUCGGCAACAUUGUGUACGAUGGCCCGUCGGCGACGGACAUGAACUGCGUGAUUUUGAACGAUAUACAUAUUGAUAUCAUGGAUUAUAUCAAGCCCGCUACAUGUACUGAAACUCAGUUCCGGAUGAUGUGGAGCGAAUUCGAAUGGGAGAACAAAGUCAAUGUCAACACCAACAUCACCGACAUCCGCGCCUACCUAACCCACAUCCUCAAAUCCACCAACAUGAACUGCCUCACCCCGGAAAACGCGCUCUCAGGCGAAUGCGGCUUCCUCGCCGCCAACCUGUACGCGCGCUCCAUAUUCGGCGAGGACGCGCUCGCCAACAUCUGCCUUGAACAAAUCGCAUCUCCCGCUGCUGCUGCUGCAUCAUCAUCACGUGGGGAUGAGACGACGACCGCAGGCAGUGCUGCGACGACGAUCACGGGACACAUCAGGAUCAGAAGCAAGACGCAGGGGAUUGCCCUGAGUCUUGGGGAUAAGAUCACGUUGAGCCAGAAGAAUGCGAGGGUGGCGGUUGUGGGGCAGAGUCCGGCUUAUGCGUGAAGAAAGCAUUGCGGGCUUUGCUGGGGGUUUUUUCUUAUGUAUUACCGCUGUGAAUAGGGAUUAUCUGCUUGAUUUGGGAAUUGCCAUUCUUGUUUGCUUUGGCAUGUGCUCCCACGACCCUGAGGUUGUUGGGUGAUGUUCUGCUAUUGGGGAUGUGGGGAAUGGCAACAUAAAAAGCGGGAGUUUCACAGUGCUUUUAACAGCCGCCCCCUGCUCUGCCCCGGGGUGUGUCGUCGACUCGUAUGGAUAUCCUAGUAGACUGAGU